AUGGAACCAACAAAUAAUACACGAAUUUCAGAAUUUCUUCUUCUGGGAUUUUCAGAGGAACCAGAAUUACAGCCCAUCAUGUUUGGGCUGUUCCUGUCCAUGUAUUUGAUCACUGUGUUUGGAAACCUGCUCAUCAUCUUGGCCACAAUCUCAAACUCCCACCUGCACACCCCUAUGUACUUCCUCCUCUCCAAUCUGUCCUUUGUAGACAUCUGUUUCACUUCCACGAGCAUCCCAAAGAUGCUGGUGAACAUUCAGAUGCAGAGUAAAGUCAUUACCUAUGCAGGCUGCAUCACCCAGAUGUACUUUUUAUUGCUUUUUGCAGGAUUAGAUGACUUCCUCCUGACUGUGAUGGCCUAUGACCGGUAUGUGGCCAUCUGUCACCCCCUGCACUAUAUGGUCAUCAUGAACCCCAGGCUCUGUGGACUGCUGGUUCUGGUAUCCGGUAUCAUGAGUGCUCUGCAUUCUCUGUUACAAAGCUUAAUGGUGUUACGGCUAUCCUUCUGUACAGACUUGGAAAUCCCCCACUUUUUGUGUGAACUUAACCAGGUGGUCCACCUUGCCUGUUCUGAUCCAUUUCUCAAUGACAUGGUGAUUUAUUUUGCAGCUGUGUUGCUAGCUGGUUUUCCACUGGCUGGAAUCCUUUACUCUUACUCUAAGAUUGUUUCUUCCAUACAUGGAAUCUCCUCAGCUCAGGGGAAGUAUAAAGCAUUUUCUACUUGUGCAUCUCACCUCUCAGUGGUCUCAUUGUUUUAUUGCACCAGCCUAGGUGUGUACCUCAGUUCUGCUGCCACUCACAACUCACACUCCAGUGCAUCAGCCUCUGUGAUAUACACAGUGGUCACUCCCAUGCUGAACCCCUUCAUCUACAGUCUGAGGAAUAAAGACAUAAAGAGGGCUCUGAAAAGACUCUUUGGGAGGGAAGCUAUAAAAGCACCAAUUGUAUUGCAAUUGAAGAACCAUUGGUGA